AUGGCCGCGCCCGCUUUGAAGAGAAGAAAGCUCGAGCACAGCGACUCGGAAGAAGAUAGCGAAGGGAGCUUCGCAGACUUUAGCGACGACAAUGGUGUGGCCCUGGACGGGAGCGGCGCUGAAGAUGAAGAGGAUGAUAGCGACGCUUCAAUGGAUGGCGAUGUAAAGGGUUUGGAAGAUGAUGACGAUGACGAUGACAUGGACGAGGAUGUAGAAGAGAAAGUUGUGGAAGAAGAAGACGACGAAGCUAUUCACGACCAAAGCAAGAAACAAACACCCGCAGCCAAGGUUACCACCAGCGCGCCAAAACCAGCGAAAAGACCAGUCCCAAGCCUCCAAGAUAGCGUCUAUACCUCAGAGUCCUUCAAGUCGAACAUGUUUAAGCUCCAGGUCGACGAGCUACUGGAUCAGGUCAAGCUGAGGUAUGGGAAGAAAGAAGCGCCUGCCGAGAGUGCUAUGCGAACUCUCAAGGCCAUCAUCGAGCAGAUUCCCAAUCGCGAUGCGCUUCCUAUUGCGGAAGCCGAAAAGACGUUGACUUCUGCUGGUAUCGUCGUGCCCUUCCCAAGUCCUCGUCCUCCAAAGGAUGCUCUCUACAAGCUGGCGUACGAACGCCCAUCCAGCGUCAAUGCUACUGGCAGCUACCCACUCAAGACCGCGAGUCGCAGUCCUGAUAGCAUUGGCAUAGAUCUUGUUGUAACCAUGCCAAAAGCCUUGUUUCAGGACAAAGACUACCUCAAUCACCGAUACUUUUACAAGCGCGCGUACUAUUUGGCCUGUCUAGCGGCUGGCAUCAAAGACUCCAAAGACCACAAAUUCGCUCUGUCCUUUGAAAGUCUCAAUGGGAACCAAUUACAGCCUAUUCUCGUUGUACGACCCAGCGGCAACGGAGACGAGGAUGACUUCACAAGCUCCAAGUGCCACAUCAAUAUACUUGUAGCCCUGCCAGAGCAUACCUUUGCUCAGAACAAGCUGCUUCCAGACGCCAAAUGCAUUCGACCCAAGGGUAGCGAGCAAGAAACGACCAUCCAAAAACUCACUCCAACUCCCUUCUACAAUAGCACACUGCAGUCUGACGCCAAUGUUACUGCCUACCUCAAGCUAUUGCAUGCCACUGCGUCCAAGGCUGACGCCUUCAGAGACGCGUGUAUAUUAGGACGUGUCUGGCUCAAGCAGCGUGGUUUUGACGGCCAUAUUCGUAAAGGCGGUUUUGGUAAUUUCGAAUGGGCUGCUACGAUGGCUUUGCUAUUGCAGCCAAAUGCAGCGACCGGUAUACAGUCUGUUUCGCCAGCCUUCAGCAGCUACCAACUCUUCAAAGCCACCCUGCAAUUUCUCGGACGUGGAGAUUUGACCAAGAAACCCUUCAUCUUUCAGGCCGUCAACAUCACCAUCCCAAAGAAUGAGAAUGGUCCUGUCGUCUUCGAUGGACCCAGAGGGCAAAAUAUCCUCUUCAAGAUGACGCCAUGGUCUUACUACCGCCUCCGAUCUGAGGCUAAGGCUACAAUCGAUAUGCUGAGUGACUCUGUGUUCGAUCAGUUCGACAACACAUUCAUUCUCAAGACCGAAUUGCUGAAGUUUCGAUACGACGCUAUCCUUGAGAUACCACUUUCCUCUCUCGAUCUUUCGUCUGCAGGUGACGAAUACGACCAGCGUCUGAGUGAAAUCUGCCGGAAUAUCUACACAAGUCUUGGACGUGGUAUGAGUGAUCGUGUCACGGCUCUGACUAUUGCCCUACCAGAAGAAGGCAGCUGGUCAAUAAGUUCGCGCAGGCCUCGGGACGAUAAGCGCAAGAGUAUACUUGUCAGCUUCGCAACAGACCCUGCCAAUGCCAGCCGAACCGUCGAUCAUGGCCCUUCAGCAGAACUUAAGCAGGAAGCUGCGUCUUUCCGUAAAUUCUGGGGCGAAAAAGCCGAGCUUCGUCGGUUCAAGGACGGUUCAAUCUUGGAGAGCAUAGUCUGGUCCACCAAGGAUGGAUCAGCGUCUGUCCUUGAGCAGAUUGCUCUUUACGUGCUCAAAAAGCACAUUGGAGCCCAAGCUGCGGAGCAAGCCAAAUUCACCCACGAUGCCUUCUCGCACCUUGUGUCUGCUGGACGUAUCCAGGGCGCGUCAGGAGUGACGCCAUUCCUUUCGAUUAUGAACGCCUUUUCGGCCUUGGAGAAGGAUAUACGUGAUCUUGGAGAUCUCCCAUUACAGCUGCGUCAUAUCAGGGCUGCCGACUCACAACUCCGUUACUCUUCGAUCGAGCCACCCAUUGUAGGCCACGCCCCAGCGUCGGUGGUACUGCAAUUUGAAGGUUCCGGGCGUUGGCCGGAUGAUCUUUGCGCAAUACAGCGAACUAAGAUUGCUUUCUUGCUGAGGCUCUCUGAGCUUUUGGCAGCAUUGGACUCUGGAUACACUUCCCGUGUCGGUCUUGAGAACCCAUCGCAGCCGGCACAAAACCAGGCGUUCCUCGACGUCACUGCUUCUACAGGCUACACAUUUCGCAUUCGCAUAUACCAUGACCGAGAACCAACGCUCUUUGACCGGCAGAUCAAAGAUAAGACCCUCGAUGCUCCUUCACGCGAGUCUGCAGCAGCUUCGCUAGCUCUAUAUAAGCGCGAAUUUGUGAAUGCACCAUUACACUCGCAGGUGCUCCAGACACUAUGUACCCGCUUUCCUGCCCUCUCGCCAUCCAUAAGAUUGACUAAACGAUGGUUCGCUUCACACCUACUUACCCCUCACUUCUGCUCCGAACUCAUCGAACUCCUCGUCGUCCGCACAUUCCUACAGCACCACCCCUGGCCUGUUCCCGCAACCGCAACCACCGGCUUCCUGCGAACAUUGGCCUGGAUCAGCCGCUGGGACUGGCGCCACGUCCCUCUGAUCGUGGACUUCUCCUCGACAUUCUCUGCCAACCCUGCAGAUCUCGAAGACACAUCUUCCAAGGGCAUGAAAGCCGAGGAUUUCGAACGACUGCAAACCCGCUUCGAAGCAUGGCGACGCAUCGAUCCGGCCAUGAACCGCGUCGUACUCUUCGCCGCCACAAAUCUCGAUGAAGAAGGCACUACAUGGACAGACAAAGCGAGGCCAGAAAAGGUCGUCGCAGCCCGCUUAACUGCUUUGGCAAAGGCAGCUACACAAGCCAUCCGCGCCGACGAAGACGCUUUGCUCGCACGCGCAAACGGCAAACCAACGCCUUCAUCCCAGCACAACCUCACCCCAGAAAGCCUCUUCACAACCAACCUUGCAGACUACGACCUCCAAAUUUGCAUUGCGCCCAAACACGCCCUCUCCUCUUCCACAAAGCAAAAACGCACCUCCUCUUCCUCCCCCCUCCACUUCAAAAACCUCGACCUCCAGAAAGUCACGCGUGCAGGCGCCUCGGUCCCGCUGCCGCAGCUCUUUGCACAGGAUCUCGUGGCUGUCUAUGGCGACGCCAUACUCUGGUUCUGGGACCCCCUGGCACUGGAUCGCAUCGUGGGCUUGUGGAAUCCGGUGGUGACGGGGCAGAGGAGUUGGAAGGUUAAGCCGGGGUGGAAUAGUGAGCCUGUCAAGGUGAAGAGGGGUGGUCAGGUAGACGUUGAGAUUAGGGCGAAUAAGGUGGCUAUUAUGAAUGAGAUUAGGAGGUUGGGUGGGGAGUUGGUGAGGGCGAUUGAGGUCAAGGGGUUGGAGUCGUGA